AGGUUUCUGAAAUUUAAUUUCUAAUCUUUACAAGUUGCCAAAAGAUUAGGGAAGACGCCAGAAGCCAGGUGGAAUCCCACCCACCGAGGGGAACACUCCCACAGAAUUCGAAAAAAGCGACGAAAGUUUUAUGUUCCUUUCUUAUUGGUGCAAAGUGCAAACAAAAGCAGAUUGUUCAGAUUCUCCGUCGCAAUUACCGGCAUCACCUUCCCGGCGGGCACGCUCCGACAGAUAUGAAGAAGGAUAAGGCGGUUUUAAUAGAAAGCCCUAGCACAAAUGAAGCAGACGAAAAUCAAGAUGAUGCUGCCGAAAGUAAUGCUCCAGCUCGUCGUUUCUCCACCCGAAAUGCUUCUUCCAAAUACGAUUUCGUUAAGGUGAAAGUAUGGCUAGGUGACAAUGCCGAUCACUACUAUGUUCUCUCUAGAUUUUUGCUCAGCAGAAUGCUCACUGUCACUAAGAUACCAAAUCACGUGGCUAUCAAAAUUGCUCUUGAGCUUAAGAAGCUUCUUGUUGACAACAGCCUACUCGAUGUCUCACAAUCAGAUUUGGAGGCAAACUUGUUCAAGCUUAUGGAGCGAAGAGGUUUUGGACAAGAGUAUAUAAACCGUUAUAAAAUGAUUACGAGAUUUCACCAUCUGAGAGUUCCUUUGGUAAUUCUUGUUUGUGGUACUGCUUGCGUUGGAAAAUCUACUAUUGCAACCCAGCUUGCACAAAGGCUGAACUUGCCAAACGUCUUGCAGACUGACAUGGUGUAUGAAUUGCUACGGACAUCAACAGAUGCACCUUUGGCAUCUUCUCCUGUAUGGGGACGCGAUUUCAGCUCACCAGAGGAGAUAAUAACCGAAUUUUGCAGAGAAUGCAGAAUAGUAAGGAAAGGUUUGGCUGGUGAUUUGAAGAAAGCUAUGAAAGAUGGAAAACCAAUUAUAAUUGAGGGGAUACACCUAGAUCCUAGUAUUUACCUAAUGGAUGAAGAGAAUAAAUUGCCCCCGUCUUCUCCAGCAAACCAAGCAGGGCCAAAAUCUCUGAAGGUGGACGAACAGAAGGAAUUACAACAGAAAAACAAUUGUAAUGUUGGAGACAGCAGUCGGAGUGGCCACAAGGAUUGCUGUUCUGAGGAUAUGAAUUCAGAACAAUCUUCUGAGUCAAACAAGAUCACAGCUGCUCUGAAAUCCUUGGACAUUGUUAAUAGAGUUUCUGAAAAUACGGGUAAUGCAGGUGAAACAGUUAAAGAUUCAGGAGCAGACCAAAAUCCUUCUCAUAGAAGAGAAAAAUCUGGUGCUCAACCAAUAAUUGUACCUAUAGUUUUAAGGAUGGCUGAGUUUGACCAUAAGGCAUUGCUGGAGGAGUGGGUAGCUACUCGUACAUGCAGUGAGAAAUAUCCUACCCAGGACAAAGAUAAAUUGAUAACUAACUUGAAGACUAUACAGGACUAUCUCUGUUCGUUUACGUCACAGGGUUUAACAGUUGUAAACAUAUCAGCUACAACUUUUCCUCAAACAUUGGAUUGGCUGCACAACCAUCUUCUACAGUGUAUCGAGCAUGGUACAGCACAUGUUUCUAGGGGGAACAAUGAGCAGAUAGUCAAAGACUAGAUUACUGGCAGCCAUAUUCUUGAUGAACAAGGUACUCAGCCAACUAUUAAGUCCGUCUACUACCUUUGCAGAUGUAUAAAGCUUUGCAUGGUAGAUCUAUUUCACCUUUGCAUGAGCUGCACAGAAGCUGUCUCUACCAUAUGGUUUUUUGUGUAGUUCAUUCAGCCAAGGGCAAUCCUGCUCUGUUUUGAAAGUUUGACUACCUGAGAAGUCUUAAGCUGUUAAGAGUAACAUCAUCUUGUAUCUUCUGUUGCCUUUAAGGCGCCCAUAAUUUACAUCUACCACCUGAAUGAGAAGAAUGUGUAGACAGUUUUAUAGUACAACUCUUUUUGUUUCA